GACUUCCAGUGGAAGCGCCUGGCGCCGCUGCCCAGCCGCCGGGUGUACUGCGCCCUGCUGGAGACCGGGGGGCAGGUCUAUGCCAUCGGUGGAUGUGACGACAACGGUGUCCCCAUGGACUGCUUCGAGGUCUACUCCCCGGAGGCGGACCAGUGGACCGCCCUACCGCCCUUGCCCACGGCCCGGGCCGGCGUGGCCGUCACCGCGCUGGGGAAGAGGAUCAUGGUGAUCGGAGGUGUGGGCACCAGCCAGCUGCCCCUGAAGGUCGUGGAGAUGUACAACAUCGAUGAAGGCAAGUGGAAGAGGAGGAGCGUGCUCCGUGAGGCGGCCAUGGGCAUUUCCGUCACAGCCAAAGAUUACCGCGUGUACGCUGCAGGUGGCAUGGGCCUGGACCUCCGUCCCCACAACCACCUCCAGCACUAUGACAUGCUCAAGGACAUGUGGGUGUCCCUAGCCCCCAUGCCCACCCCGAGAUACGCUGCCACCUCCUUCCUCCGAGGUUCCAAGAUCUAUGUGUUGGGGGGACGGCAGUCCAAGUAUGCGAUCAACGCCUUUGAGGUCUUUGACAUCGAGACGCGCUCCUGGACCAAGUUUCCUAACAUCCCUAGUAAGCGGGCCUUCUCCAGCUUUGUGACCCUGAACAACCGCCUGUAUAGCCUGGGAGGCCUGCGGCAGGGCCGGCUCUACCGGCAGCCCAAGUUCCUGCGGACCAUGGACGUGUUCGACGUGGAGCAGGGGGGAUGGCUGAAGGUGGAACGCUCCUUCUUCCUCAAGAAGCAGCGGGCAGACUUUGUGGCUGGCUCUCUGAGUGGCCGGAUCGUCGUGGCCGGGGGACUGGGGAACCAGCCCACAGUCCUGGAGACAGCAGAGGCGUUCCACCCGGGGAAGAACAAGUGGGAGCCUCUCCCUACCAUGCCUACACCCCGCUGUGCCUGCUCCAGCAUUGUCCUCAAGAACUGUCUCCUGGCUGUUGGGGGUGUCAACCAGGGUCUGAGCGACGCCGUGGAAGCCCUGUGUGUCUCGGACGCCUAGCUGCCCCAGCCGAGCACCUUUCCCUGGUUUGCAUCACCCUCUGGACGUGAGCAGUGGUCGCUUCAAAGCAGGCUAGGCCACUUCCCAGGGUGCCAGCUCCGGUCAGCAGCCCCUGGGCCAGGCCCUGGGCCUCUAGGAGCUGUCCCUUUCCUUUGAGUCCCAGAAAGUCAUCAAGAGUGCAGGCAACUCCACCAGCCCCAGGGUAGAGCUCAGCUAUCUCCUGGGGAGAGGCCCCAUUAUUGCUCAGGCCCAGAAAGACCCAGGGGUCUCUCCCAGCACCCCCUUCUUGGAACCCCCCCCCCUCCACCUCUUGAGUUACCCAAGACCCACCUCCCCCCAAGCUCCGGGACAGGAAGGAGGGAGGGCGUUGUUGGCCUGCAGGCUGAGUUGCUGUCACUGCCCUUUGUCCAGCUCUGAGCUAGUCUGAGGUUUUCUUUCCUCCCCUUUGGUCUCUGUCCAUCCCCUGUGUGGUAGUCCGAGACCGGCCUGCCCAGGACCCCAUCUACACAGCAGGACUUGGGAGCCAGAGGCUGCUGAAUUGGGAGGGAAGUGGGGUUCUCCUGGCCCCUGGUCCUGAUGGGAAUGUGAUGAUGGGAAGGAGCAGGCUCCCUGCCAGGGCCUGCGCCCCUUCUCUCCUCGCUUCUCUUCUCCUGCCUCCUGCUCCCUGUAGAAGCCUGGCCUUUGUCCCUGACAUUUCCCAGAGUGUGGUCCCUGUGAUACCUUCCCGCAUUCACACUGUGGCAUCAGAAUCCACCACCAAUGGAUGAACUGCACUCUGAUCAAUAGCAGCAGCACAAUGAUUAAAAUCUAUAUUCAUA